AAUUUGAAAGGAUAUACAUGGAAACCUAUCAUUCUUCAAAUGAUGUUGCAGGAGCAUGAUUUCGUCAUGUGGGUAGAUUCGUCUAUCCGACUGAUGAAAAACGUGGAUGAAUUAUUCAACAAAGCUUAUAAUCGUGGAAUUCAGAUUCUUCAGGGCACAGGUUCUAUCGCUGUACGAACACAGACACGACUGUUUGAUUUGCUAAAAGAGAAACCUUGUAUGUUUAACUAUCCUGAAGUCCAAACAGGAAUUGUUGUUAUAAAACGUUCUUCAUUCACACUUAAGGCAGUAAUGUACCCUUGGGUAUUGUGUGCACUUCAAUAUGGGUGUAUGGAUUUUCCAAAAUCUGAACAAUUCCUGGAUUGUACACACGGGUCGAAAUUGUCGUCAUGUCACAGAUUUGAUCAAUCAGUUCCUGGAAUCAUUCUUACAAGACUUUUUAAUAUAAAAAGAAACUUCGUAACAUUUCUAGAGGGAGAAUAUGCCUUUGUUUGUUAUGAAUGUAUGCAAAGGUUUAAUGAUAAUGUAUAA